GUUGCCAGGGGCAACGGGUUGCAAACUUUCUCAAGAUUCUGGUCUAGGCGUGUUACCUGGAGCCAGGCGCAGGAUGGAAAAAUUGAGAAAAAUGGGAUUCUUCAUCCAGGUGGUGGUAGCUGUGGCAUGACAUGGACUCCACUCUCGGCACCUCUCGCUCAGCGAGCAGAAUAAGAGAGAAGAACUCACCUCAUCCAACUCCUCAGAGUGCGGGAAAAGGUCGGCCAUGUUCUUCCAUUCCGGUCAAGUUCCAGACCAAAGUCAUCUCCAACUCUGAAAAGAAAGGCUUUAAUUCUCAGACAAAAAGAUUUCAGUCUAUUGAGAAUGAAAAUCCGGGCCCGGGAUUCUAUAACGUCACCCAUCAGCCUGCACUUCUCAACAAUGUCUCCCAGUCUCGGAAAGGAACCUGUUUUUUCCCUUCUUUGGACGUACGGAUCGCUCAGCAAAGGAUCCCUAGCUAUCCAGCGGCAAACGCCUACAACCUUCCGCCUACUUUGCAAUCCAAGAGAGACUUUAGCCUGGGAUAUUCCAGUAUGUUUCAGCGACCAAUUGCCAGGAAGAUCACCAAAAAAUCCACCCCAGCCCCCAAUCAAUAUAACGUUUCAGUGGACUUGUCUAAACAAAAUGGUGCCCAGUCGGCGUUCACAUCCAAAACAAAACGAGCAUUGAUGCUUCAUAGCAAGGACCGUGUGCCUUCUCCCUGUCAUUAUCGAGUGAACGAAUCCUUCAUUCGGCAAUCACCUGUGGUGUUGGUGUCCUGCUUCAAGUCGAGAACGAGUCGUGAGACCAAUCCGGAGACGCUGAGCCCCGGGCCUGCUGCCUAUCAGCACCCAUCUGAAGUCCCAGUGGCGCCACCCAGAAAGUUUCCUGGCCUGCGAAAGUAUGGCUUGAAUUUCUCAGCUCCAGCUGUCCCUCCACCCAAAAGCCCACCUCCACCUGGGCCCGGCCAAUAUGAGCUAGUAGACUAUGACAGCCCUUCUAAGCAUUACAUCUCCAGCGCCGUAUUCGUCUCCAGCACAGGCCGCUGGGCGGGUGAUAAAUUUCACAAAGAAAUUCCCGGUCCAGGGGCCUACGAUCUUCCCAUCCCGCGGAAACAAUCUUUCAUCUACAACACCGACAACAAAUGGGUGCCGGUGUUAUGAAACAAUGUGUCCUGCAACUUGGGUUGGCCAACCUUCAGUCUGUCCUGGUUUGGUUGCAUGUGUGUGUGUUGUGUUGUGUUGGAAGUUCUGCAUCACUGUUAAAAAGAGCCCUGCGCUCACUAGCCUCUGAACAAGAAAACCAUACCCACCCAUUUGGAAAUCCUGUACUUCCUUCGAGUGGGUCCCCAAAGCACUCCCGUUUUGCAAGACGUCCAUGAGAAGGGUGUUUGGAUUUAAAAACAGAUGUCAUUUACUGCCGGCUUUGAGCUGACGCUAGAUUGUUUGCGCCGUUUUUCAUUUAUAAAAGCGAAGAAGCCCACCAUGUACGAGUCCUCACAUGCAUAUGUACAUGUACCGUAUAUUUACAUCAUGUGGAUCAAAAUCCACUUCUUCAGACACUUUUGGGUGAGUUUUUAUCCACAAAUCACACACUUAAACAAGUCUGUUAGUUUUUCAACUGCCACAAUAUGUUUUCCUUGAUAUUUCUUUCCCCUGCUUUUUUUCACUUUUAUUUUGCCAAUAUGUGGGGAGAAGGUUGCUGGACUACAUUGGCUUUUGUCCUGAACCAACUGAGGUGCCAGAGCUUCGAAAGUUAUCUUUC